CAGGCUCGGGAACGUUAAACUGCGACCCUAGUUUAAGCAUAGUGAGGCAGACAUCCUAGCUCGCACAUUUCAACAAGGCAGCUAACUGGCCAGAGACCGGCGUCUCCACUCUUCCCAAGAUCACGAGUCCGGAACCGCCGCCUCUAACUCUUAGAAGUCAAGCGCCCGACAAGAAACUUGCACGAUCGCGCCCGCGGCCACCAACCCAAGACCAGGGCACCCACGGCCUCCAGUCGGCCAUCCCCAGGAACCAUGUCGGGCAGGUCGGUUCGAGCCGAGACCAGGAGCCGGGCCAAAGAUGAUAUCAAGAGGGUCAUGGCGGCUAUCGAGAAAGUGCGCAAAUGGGAGAAGAAAUGGGUGACUGUUGGCGACACGUCCCUACGAAUCUACAAGUGGGUUCCUGUGACGGAGCCAAAAGUUGAUGACAAAAACAAGAAUAAAAAGAAAGGCAAGGAUGAGAAGUGUGGCUCGGAGGUGACCACUCCAGAGAACAGCUCGUCACCAGGGAUGAUGGACAUGCACGAUGAUAACAGCAACCAGAGCUCCAUAGCAGACGCCUCUCCCAUCAAACAGGAAAACAGCAGCAACUCCAGCCCUGCCCCAGAGCCCAACGCACCUGUGCCCAGUGAUGGCCCCGAAGCCAAGGCCGAUGAGGCACAGGCAGAUGGAAAAGAGCACCCUGGAGCUGAAGAUGCUUCUGAUGAGCAGAAUUCACAGUCUUCGAUGGAAAACUCAAUCAACAGCUCAGAAAAAGCGGAACGGCAGCCAUCUGCAGAGUCGGGGUUGGCAGCAGAAACUUCGGCAGUCUCUCAGGAUUUGGAAGGAGUGCCACCCUCUAAAAAGAUGAAGCUGGAAUGUUCUCAACAGAACUCUGAAGAGAUGUAGAUGCCCAGUGGAACCCUUUGGUCCAUGUUUCAUGGCAGGUACAUCAGCAGGCUUAAUUCUAGAACGCUGCUCAAGCGAUUCCUCUUGGGCGUGAACAGAACUAACGUUUCAAGUUUACUAAGUGCAAAUCCAAGAAAAACCUAGAACGGUGGAACUUCUCAGACGCUGGCGAGCUCUGCUGUGAAGCGAAACACUCGAACCUUCAAGUGACUAUCCUUGGGAAGUGGGCCGACAGCUCAGGAGUGUCUGCACACUGUCUCGGAAGCCAAGAUUACAUUUGUGUUGCUGCUGUAUCCCCUGCCCCAACUUCUCUAUUUAAUGAUAUAAGCUAUUUGAGGGUGGUACCAGUCAGGAAUUUGCUUUUCAUAGGGGCUUUUUCACUCUUCAACCAAUUCCUUCCGCUUUCUUUUUUUGUGCCUUGUACCCUAGAGGUUACCUCUGGCAUGCUUCCUGGUUUUUGCAUCUCUCCUGGCAAAGUGCCCAUUCAUUUUGGUUGGCUGCUGCCCCCUUCCUGUCUCUCUCCUCCCUGCCCCGAGACUGCUUCAGAGCAGGUGGGGUACAGAACAGGAGAUCAGGCACCUUCAGUGGCUUCUGGUUCAGGUGGGCAGUGUUUGGGCACAUCCCGCACCCUACCUGGAGCCAGCCCCAACUCCCAGGGCCCCUAGGGCUCUAAGUCUCAGCCUCACUUCCCAAGGGCUGGCCUCCUUGGUUCGGGACACGCCCUCACCUCCUGGAGCCUUGGAGGCUAGGGGUUUGCAAGCCACAGUAACCCAGAUUGACAUGCAAAGCCUUUAGAUUCUUCUGGCACUUCCACCCUAUCUCCCCCACUCUAGCCACCACUGGCACUGCUUUCUCCAGGCCCUCCAAGGACAGAAUGGCUGACUGCAAGCUUGUCUCCUUAGGAUAGUACAGGGCUGGGGAGGUUGGGAGCAGGCAGCAGGAAUAGCUGGUGCUGAACUCUCCCACAGGACAUUGCUUGGAUUUCAAAUCCAUGGAAACCUGAUGCCCUUCGUCCCUGUCCUCCCACACCCCAGAUCCCAGGCAAGAUGCUCCUGGCAUCAUGUUCUGACUCUCAGAGGCAACAGGUGGAUGGAGUCUCGUUCCCAGCACGAGCUGUCAGCCUCCACUGGGGAGCGGACCUUAACAAUUGGGCCUCAAAGGCCAGAACCAAGGCACCGAGGAACUGGGAAGAUUUGCACACAGCCCCAGAAAGGAGCCACAGAGGCUCCCUCUUCCCCUGCCCUCAAUUGCACCGAGACAGCUUUCUCUCACUCAGUGGAGACACCCCUUGGACGAGCUGCCCAACUGUUGAGUUCUGAGGCCUGGUUUGCUCUUAAUUCCUCCACGGACCCCUCAGACCUGACGGCUUCCCCCGGCUUCUUUCUGCACUGGAGCACUGACUCCCUAUGAGUUGUAUGUUGGGGUGGGGGGAGCGGGGUGUUUGUUUUUGUUUUGUUUUUUGUUUUGUUUGCUAACUGGUGCAUAUUCAGGUACCACCUUGUGACGUGUGGAUCUUUCUCCCAAUCAUCAUGAGAAGUGUCUGCCAGGCUCCAUUUUCUAAGAGUUUCUGAGGGGAGGAAAGCUCCAACUUCUUUUUCUGUUUUCAAGGGAGCUGUCUAUUUCCUAUACUCACGAAGAAUCAAAAUGUUCCUGAAUUUUAAAUACCUCAUACAAAAAUAUCUCCUGAAAUAAGGGAAGAAAAAAAAAACUUUGAAAUCUUAAUGUUGAAGUUAGCAAUGCUAAAAUGUUUCUGUCUUAAAAAAGAAAAUUCUUGUACUUAGCAAUUUUGCCCCUCAGGCAGUCAGUUCUAUGAAGAACUGUGUUCUGUGUCUUUGCUGGAAAGCAACCAGAUGCACGACCUCCAACAUAUCUCAAGGUCAAGGCGGCUUUACCUCCAGAUUCUAGAGCUAGGGCAACAUUUUUAUUUUGCAGCAAAACUCCAUUUUGGUGAAAGAUGAAUUUGGAUAUUUAUUUCUUUUUCUGGGAAACAAGCGGUUACAACACACAGCUGAAGGAGAGCCCAGCACAUGCAUCCACGGAGCCAGCAGGGCGGCCAGGGCCACCUGCACCUCUUCUGUCCACUGCAGCCUCUCCGGACAGUCAAGAGGAGUUGCCGCGGUUGAGGAUGAAGACAAUGACGAGGUCCACGGUACCGAGGCUGUAUUAGUUUUUCUCUGAAGUGCCUGAAGGUAGGAAUGGGCCGUUGAUGGGGACCAUUCGGGUGCCCCCGACGGCCACGCCAGGCAAAGAGCCAGCAGCCUUGCACUGCACGCUGGCCAGGAAAGCCUUCCACGCGGAGCGGUCAGACUGCAAAAUCAAUGUGCUUCCUUCCCCGCCACGGUCCUCUCUCCGGAGCCGAUGGUCCCCAUCCCCGAACCCCCGCCCUCAUCCCCGCCACAGAAUCUAAGACCUUUCAUCUGGCCGAGCCAGGGGCUGGGGAUCCUAAGCAAAUGCCUUCCGUGGACAUCAGGCCCCAUGGCCUAAAGGGCUCCCAGGGCAAAUAUCCCCCAAAACUUGAAGGUGGGGGAAUGGCGGCUACACAUUCCACAAAGUGCUGGCACUUACACCCACAACCUGGAAGGCUAUUGACCGGUUCCUAGAGGGUGGUGACUGCCCAUCAGACGGUGUCAUGGUUUGGAAUGUUAGCUAUCGCCGAGGACCUGGUUAGAGAUAUAAAGACCUUUUUUUCACUGUUACCUUUUUUUCCCUCUCUUACAGUUUUUUUUGGUGUGUUGUACAGCAGUAUGAUUUUUCUCUUAUUUAUUCCAUCGGUAGAUAUUGUUUGUACAAUGUACAAUGGUUUCAUUUCAGAAAAUAAAAAAAAAUUCAGAUCAUGAG